AUGGUAAGUUGUUUUUUUUAUUAUUUUUUGAUUUUAGACGAGAUUUCCAAUUUUUUCUAGGCAAGAGCCUUAUAAAUCGUACACAGGCGGCAGAAAUAAUGAAAUCGAACAAGGGAAUGGCCAAGUGGUAGUUGCUAAAGGAGGUAAGAUUGGAUUUAAGUAUUCUUAUUCUGUUUUUAGGUAACAAAUUAUUACCUGGAACUCCGAUUUCACUCCCGUCGGCCAUAUUUUUGCUCAAAGCUAUGCCCAUUUCGAUGCUCGGAUUAGACACAUGCAAUAUGAGGUAAAUGAAGGUGUUUUUUUCUGAAAAUGAUAAGGAAAUUUUACAUUGCUUUUGAUUUCCAGGAAGGUAAUUUGGCGGCCAUGAUCCAUCCCUCGACUUCGGCCAUAUCUGGCAAAACAUGUUCUUCAAUUCCAUCCAUCGACUCUCCGGCAAUGCUUGGACAAUGUUGUAAAAAACGCAUAUUUUAUACGAAAAUGUACGUCUUUUAUUAAUAAACCAGAAAUUAGGGGGUCCCUUCGGGCCCCCCUAUUUCUGGAACUUUUACUUAUUCUUUUACUCUUGCUUUGUUGGCACCGAUAAAUUGUUCACUAAUUGCUUAAAAUUCCCAAAAUUUGCGCCAAAUCUCAAAACAAUUGUUCUGAAAUAAGCAGUUUCAGACCGGCUCUUGGUGAAAAGCCUCCCCGCCACGUCAAGGCGGCCGGUCGUUGAGGAGGUUAUAGGGGGCCCUAAGGGCCCCCAUUUUUUCUUUUACAGUGUUUAUUUCAACGAAAUCCAAUAAACGCAAAAAUUAAAAGGAAAAGUUCAUUGAGCAAUUACCUUUUCUAGUCUUCCAAUAAUUUUGUGACAUUUCAUCCAUAUCUGUGUCGUUUCGUUUUUUCAGAUUUUUUGAGAGAAAAUAUUUUUUUUGAUGUUUUCUUGACGUUUAUCUUCACUUUUUGACACUGAUAGAGUUUUUAUUAAUCUUACCUGAUUUUUGGGACAUGAUUUUGACCGGCUCUUGGUGAAAAGCCUCCCCGCCACGUCAAGGCGUCAAGUUGUAGACGAAAAAAACGCAUAUUUUAUACGAAAAUGUACGUCUUUUAUUAAUAAAUAUUUUAACGAAGAAGACUUUUUCUUUCAUAAUUUCGUAAAUGUACGAUUUACAAGCAAAAUUUUUCACCAUAAAUGGUAUUUUUUUGUCAAAAAAGGCCAAAACGCGGUGGUUGGCUGCAAAACUCAGGGGGCGGAGUUUAUAUGUAUUUGGGACGUCGCAAAUCCGCGGAUUUGCUACCUCCCAAUUCCGCGCCGUCGCAAAAACGCCGUUUUGCUACCUCCUCUCUCGCGGAGGUAGCGAAAACGCCGAUUCGCGACCGACUUUUUUCGGAGGUCGCGAAAAGAAGGAUUCGCUACCGAGACCACGUCGCAAAUCGAUCAUUUCGCUACUUUUUGAAAUUGGUAGCGAAUCCAGCAACCAUUCUCGAGCUCGAGAAAAAAUUCUUAUUCCUUCGCUCUUAUAUCUUCUUUUCUGUUUUCCCACAAAACUUUUUUGCUUUGUGAUUUCUUCGGGGCUCUCCGCCUCUGACUUGUGGCUGAGAUUUUUUAUCUUCCUCCGAAGAAUCACGUCCUUCUUUUCGUUUCAGACCCUUUAUAAUGAUGCAGUUGGAUUUUGAAUUCCGGUCGAAGGAGUUCCCACCGACUCCCUGUGCCAUCUGCGCACAUCCCCAUCCUUGUCAACGGUUCGGAGUGCUGGCUUGUCAGUAAGUUGAGGAUUACUAAAUUUUUGAACGGAUUCUGCAUAAGAUUUGGGCUUAUAAAGUGCAUUUAUCCAUGAAUAAAAGGAUAAAAAAUUGAAAUUUUGUAGGAGAUAUAAAUCGUUACAGAGAGAAAGAUAAUAGAAACUAUUUAUAUCGUUGGAUAGGUCUUUUUUCAGUCUAUCUGAAAACCAAUUUUUACUCCUUUUCAUUUUUGGGCUAGCUAGUUAUCAGCUGAGGCGCGCAGCCCUGUUGUCAUUUUGAGCGAAAAUCGGGACCGAUCGGUGGCGGCAAAAAACCUCGGAAUGCCGUGGCAUAUGACACAUUUGAGAUUCUGAAAGUCUAGGCUCGUUUUUUGAGGAGGUCUAUGAGGUCUUUAAUAUGAUCUAUGUCGACAAAAGAGUUCGCGAAAGAUGAAGAUCGGUCAGAGAAGAUCUCGUUUUUAUUAUAGAUCACUAGGGCUGCCAAUCCCGCACAGAAAAUUUUUGUUUAUCGAAACUUUAUAAGGAUAGGUGUCUCCUGGCUAAAAUCGGUGGUGCUCUCGAAACUUUGUAGCGAUUUUCAAUCAAAGAAACUGCCACAAGAAAGUUCUUCGUGAGGGUUUCUUAACGGAAAAGUAUUUUUUUUCGAUGUAACCUGCUCCUUUGUGAGUUGUGACAUUUCGUUUGGACGAGACUAUAAAGAGACAGUCUUCUACUACUUCGGUAUGCUUGCUUUGGCCUUUCCACGCCGUAGGGAUCAAAAAAAUUAUUAAAAACGGAACCUUCAAGGUUAUGUCAUCAAAUCAUUGAUAGGCAACUUCUUACGGGCUCGUUGUUUUAUAGCUCUUGAGAUUUUCAAGACCAUUUCUUUCUCUGUACACAGGGGACUCGGAUUUACUUAUAAGUAAAAUUUUUUACUUAUAUUUACCAACAACUUACAUAUAAGUUAAAAAAGGCCAAGAAAAAAAAGACCUAAAAAGUGCUCUUGCAUUUUUACCGUAACCUACUCUCAACCAUAAAAAAGCUGUAAUCCUACUGUAAUCUUCCUUUUUUUUCGUUGAAAAAAAAUUUAUUAUCUAAAUGUAACCUGCGCUUUUUUCAUUUCCUGGUAAAGUAGCACUUUCAAAAAUUACAAUCAAAAAACCAUUCGGUAUUCCAAAUCCCAGCGUGGAUUUAAUCCGUUUUCGCGCCGAAAGCUUAAUUUUUUCAGUCAUUACGGGCGAUUGGUCCUGAAAGGCCACGUGACAAACCCGUCAACGAAAGCCGACGUCAUCCGGAGCGUGGACACUCCCUCUUCGAUGGAAUCGGAGCAGUCCGCGCGUUCGACGAGCCGAGAACAGUCCAUUGUCAGCGAGCGGAGUGGGUGCAGUAUGGAGAGCAAACCUGCGAUGAAUAUGGUAAGAGAUUGUAUUAUACUUGUUCUACUUUUCAAAGAAUGUACAACUUGUUUGUAGUGCUAGUCCGUUUGCAGAGUUUCUGUAUGAUUGUUUGGCGCUUGCACAUUUGCAAAAACUUGUAAAGUCGCUGGAGUGAUUUCUGCGAUAUGCACUGUGCAAUAAAUAUCAGGGUGCGAGCGAUAGUAAAUACAAAAAAAGCCUAUUGCACUGGGAAAAGUGAAAUUUUGUUUUCUCACAGUGUAUGUCGCCAAAAUCACCGCGACGACUUUGCAAGCGGACUAGUAGUUGCGAGGUCUUUGUAAAUCACCUUUUUAUGGGCCAUGUUUAGUAAAACAAAUUGACUUAAAACCUCUGUACAACAAAUCACUGGGUACUACAUAGAUGGGUCAAAAAGUCUUGGUACGUUUUCUUUGGUCAAAGGUACACAGUGCAUUUCCCAUUUGCACUGUUCUGUUUUUUUUGUCGUACAAAACCCCCUUUGGUGACGGCGGCUGCAUCGUGUGAGGACAUUCUAACGAUAAGACUUUUUUUUUGGCCUUCCCAGUGCCAAAAAAUUUAUUUUUUAUAGAAGGGUUCCGUUGUAGGCAGGCUCACUUUGACCAGAAAAUGACUGACUUUUGGUACCCUCGAAAUCUCUUUUUUCAUUCUUGCAACUCUUGAAGCUGUUCAUUAUAGACAUUCUUUGUAACACGGGGUUUGUUGUUCAAAAGUUUAUUGUUACGGUAAUCAAGCAAAGCUAGGAUCGUACGAUUGUAUUUUACAACCUGUUUCUUCUCCCUCUCUCUACUAUAUGUAAAUUUAUUUUUAUUUUUCAGGAGCCCACCGUAUCUUCCUCCCUUCUAAAUCAUCACCAUCUCAUAUAUGAGCAUUUUCAAGCCGAAGAACGCAAAUUAUUCCUCCAAUCGAACCCACAUCUUGAAAAUACCCCUAUAUCGUCUUCAAAUCUAUCGCCAUUAACGCCCACCGAGCAUCAACGAAUCGAGUCUGCGACCCUGCCGUUGGUAUACUCGCUGCUCAACGACAUGUCCCCGAGCUACCGUCGUCUUUCGCAUGAGACAAAGAUGGAGAUCCUGGGCAAUUUUUCGCCCGCUUUUUUGUAUCUACAUCGAUGCUAUGCGACGGCCAGGCUGUUUUCGGAUGAAAAUAACCGAAAACAAGUCAUUCAUUGUGGGUAUUUCGCGGACGAGACGAUAAUUCCGGAGGUAGUUCUGAAGAAUGACGCCGUCUUGAACUACCUUCAGUUUUGCCGCCCCAUCGUGGACAAACAGGUGAUGGCGGCGAAGCUGAUGAGAGACGCGAAUUUGGACGAAAAGGAGUUCAUAGCCAUGGUCAAUGUGUUGUUUUACAAUACAUGUAAGUUUUUACGCAACUUUUUUGAGGGUAUCAGUUUGUCGGGAAAAUAAUGAGUGCAAUGUCAAUGCUCCAAUCGCGUUGCUGAUAUGAAAAGCAAUUUAGUUUUGCUGCGACAUAAUUCAUUUUCUCUGUGGCGAUGCUAUUUUCAACGCCGCAGAGUGCUCAUUAUUUUCCAGACAGACUGAUAGCUCUAAAAAAAUGCUGGCCACAGUCUGCUCUAAUUUCCGACAGACUGACAUGCCAUGUCAGACAUGGCUGCCGGGCCAAGGUUCGAGAAUUUUUAGGCCUAGAAUCCAGCCCAUUCAAAGGAAGCCAUGCGCUUUCCGGCUGGGUAUGGUAACGCGGUCGACACGGCCCGGGCUAUUUCGAUUUUUAGCCCGAUUGGAUUUUUUGGUCUAGCACUUGGGCCUGGUACAUAGUUUUGCUAAAAAACCUCUGCAUAACGAAUACCACAAAAGAACCAAAUAGUUUCUUCAUCAUAGAGGGGUUCGGUGACCCCUAAUAUGUUUUGUUAUAGUCGGGCCUUGUUUUACACAGGUUCUUUGUUGUAUCGCGGGUCCAAGCUUUAACAACAAAAUUUUUUCGACAGGACUUAUUCGACCUUGCAAUUUGUGGAAGAGCGAUAUUUCUAAACACCUAAUUUCCCGGGCACAUUGGCUCUUCGUAUACGAAAAAAGCCGUUUUAGUAACCCCGUAAGAUCCUAAUACCACCCCAACGAUUCCUCUCGUAUUCGGAGUCCUUUUUCUUCGAAACCACAUAAAAAUAAAUUAUGUCCGGUUACAGUAACGAGUUCAAUUUUUCAGUGCGCGACAUGAACAUCACGAGUGUCGAAGCCGACGCCACGAUGGACCAGAUCAAUGAUCUUUUGUUCCGCCAUAUCCAACAACUCCACGGUUCCAGUCAAGUUGGGAUUCGACUAGGGAAAGUCCAUCAUAUCAUCCAUUACUCUACAGUACGUUGUUUUGUCAAUACGAGAGCUACUUGCAAACUGGGUGUUUACUAUAUGUUUUCAGGUCAGAGCUUCGGAAUUGGCCGAAUCCAACCUUAUGUUGAGGUACUUCUUCCCGCGGUUUUGCACCGGGGUAUGGGAGAACUCGGCGUUCUUCAAGUAA